UGCUUACUUGUUAUCAGUAUCAUUUGUUGUUUUAAUGUAAAAUCAAUCGUUACAGUUCAGAUCAGUUCAAUCCAGACAGAAUGAGACGUGGAUGUAAAAAUGUGACCAAAUUUCUUAUAGGUCUAACUUUGCUCAGCAUUAUAAUGUUUUUCAACUAUCAAUAUUCAAUAUUGAUAACUAAAGAAAAUGCAAGUGUUCAAUUUAGGCAACCAGAAACUCGUGGUAAACAUGGUGUUGAUAUCGUUAAUCCAAACAAGUUAGUAUAUAGUAAAGGAAUUAGUCAAAGAAAUAAGGAUUUACAUGUGUAUGUAGUGGAAGAACACCAUGCUGUAUUGAAAUACUGGUUUGAUGCUGUCGAUAAAGGAAUGAUACCCAGAGAGGGCAACAUAUUGGUACAUAUUGACGGUCAUUCAGAUCUAGCUAUGCCUUUCAAUACAGCAUUCUUUCCGACCUUCCGUAAACCCAGGACACUGCGUGAUUUAGAGGCUAUGAUGCAAAGUAACGAUGUUUUUAUAAUGGGUGCCGCAAUGUCUGGCCUUUUUAAGAAGAUUGUAUGGAUUUGGCCUCAAUGGGAUAAAUCUAACCAUGAAGAAGAUGAAGCUAGUACUGAUUUUAAAGUAGGUUUAACGACGCUUGAAUUUGACGAUUUGGAAGAAUACGGGAGAACGUUUUGCAUGUGUUUUACCAACUUUACGACAUCAAAGAACAUGUGCGUUUAUACGCCAGUGAAUGGUGAUCGAGCAAAUAUGGUUCAACUUCCCAUUACUUCAUGUGAUAUUCAUAUAGAAUUUGAAGUCAUUCUUUUAGAAGAAAGAGUAGCAGCCGAUUCGCUUACAGACAACUUAGGAAAUGAAAAUAUUGUGCUUGACAUUGACGAAGACUUUUACGGAUGCAUCCUCCCUGCUCAAACUCUUGUUGACAUUGGAAUCACAUUGUCAGAAACGGAGAAACUCAAUGAAAUUUUAGAUAGCAUAGUUUGCCCUAAAACUUCAGAUCAUGACAUGAAAGCCGAUAAAAUAUUAUUUGAUGUUUUAGAGAUUUUGAAAUUUGAGGAAGCUUGUAAACAAUUUGCAAAGUAUUCUUUGUGUAAAGGAGUUGCUCGUCGCCAAACGGCAGUGGACUAUUUAAAACAUCAGAUCCAAACGUUAAAGCUAGAUUGUCCGCAAAGCGGAAACAAAUCAUUAAUUCUAAUUAGAAAGUUCAUAAGUAAGAUGUCACUUUUUACGAAUGCUCAGUUAUCAGAAUUGCAAAAUAUUGGUUUUUGUUUGUCAACAAUGAUGCCUUCCAAGACUACAUUUUGGGAGUCAACAUUCGGAAUUUGUCAUGGCAACAAUGUUCCUGGUUCUACUGCAGUAUUUAAUCAUCCCACCAAUUCAACCGAAAUUAGUUAUCGGACAGAAAUUUUAAAAGAAAUUUUAAAAAGAUUAAAACCGUCAAAAUUACCAAUUACGACAAUUUGUCGAUCAGUUAGAGAUGGAUAUACCCCUAGACACCUUUUCCAUCAAAUAGAAAAUGACGUCGUUAAUUCCUUAAAUGUUUUAGAUCGAAAUAAAUUACUUUAUUACGAUCCUUGGUUACUAGGAGGGAGACAAGGUUGGUACGGAAGGCAUGAAAAAACAUUCAAUAAAUCUUAGAUUUUUAUUGAAAAAUAACGAGGAACAAAUUUGCAUGUCCGGCGUAAAAUGUUAUAUGGAAAGUAU